AGUGGCCCUCGGCAAAAUCCCAGGACUGGGUGCGCCAGGCUCUGCGGCACCAGAACGGAUACAACUCCACCAGCAGCAGGAGGGACAUUGCCAAGGUCUCCAUCUUCUACCAGCAGCUGAACUACCAGGCCGUGCACGAGGCUCCGCUGCUCUCCGAGAACCUGCUGCUGUCCAGCAUGGGCAGCCAGUGGAGCCUGUGGUUCGGCUCCUCGGUGCUGUCGGUGGUGGAGAUGCUGGAGCUGCUCGUGGACACCUUGGCCCUGUCCCUCCUGUUCCUGGUGCAGCGCCUGCGGGGCGGGAGCGGCUCCGGGCGCGUCCCGGGGAUCGGCCCGGCCCCGCGCGAUUCCCGGCAGCUCCAGAGGUGCCCGGAGGUGCUGCUGGAGGGGUUUGGGAGCGGCCAGGAGCAGGAUUUGGGAGAGGAGAGGAGAGCUGAGGGCGCGCUGUGAGCGUGGAGAGGCUUGGGAUGGUCCUGAUGCCUCUGGAAAAGUCACAGGGAUGUCCUGGAUCUACAGCUGGGAGCUCUGGCUGUGCUGGGAAUUCUCCUGAUCCUGCUGGAAAAGUCACAGGGAUGUCCUGGAUCCACGGCUGGGAGCUCUGGCUGUGCUUGGAAUUCUGAUCCUGCUGGAAAAGUCACAGGGACAAUCCUGGAUCCACGGCUGAGAGCUCUGGCUGUGCUUGGAAUUCCCUUAAUGCUGCUGGAAAUGUGAUUGGGAUGUCCGGGAUCCUCUCCUGGGAGCCCCCUGAGCAUGGAUAUGCUUGGAAUUCUCCUGAUCCUGCUGCAGAAGUCACAGCUGGAAUUCCCAAACUCCUGAUCCCAGCUGGAAUUCCUAAAAACCUCCUGACUUAGGGGCUCUGAUCCCAGCUGGAAUUCCCAAACCCCUCCUGAUCCCAGCUGGAAUUCCCAAACUCCUCCUGAUCCCAGCUGGAAUUCCCAAACCCCUCCUGAUCCCAGCUGGAAUUCCCCAGCUCCUGCCCUCCCUUUUUCCCCCUGCUGCCUUGGCGGGCUCUGGACACCGCUGCUGAGAUGUUUUUGGAUUUCCCCAGGAGAUUCCCCCCCGGCUCUGGCUCUUCCAGAGAGGAAACAAAGAGGGGAAAAAAAAAAAACCCAAAAAAACGGGAUUGGGAAUUUUAUUUAAGUCCCAGGAAAAGCGUGGGAUUCCUGGAAGGCCGCGGUUUUGUGGCAGAACUCCCCCGAGGAGCAGAGAUAACGUGAACUUUUCAUUUCUCUGCGCACAAAGCGAAAAGCGUGGGAUUCCCGGAAGGCCGCGGUUUUGUGGCAGAACUCCCCCGAGGAGCAGAGAUAACGUGAACUUUUCAUUUCUCUGCGCACAAAGCGAAAAGCGUGGGAUUCCCGGAAGGCCGCGGUUUUGUGGCAGAACUCCCCCGAGGAGCAGAGAUAACGUGAACUUUUCAUUUCUCUGCGCACAAAGCGGAAGAAGCAGCUUCACUUCCCACGGGGAACAGGAAACUCACGGGAUCCGGGGAUUUGUAGGGAUUUUUUUAUGAAUAAUAAAACGCUCCGCACACAGACUU